GCGCGCUUUUGUGCUCGCCCUCCAUCGUUCUUUCCUUUUGUCUUUCGUCUGCAUGGCGGGCAUCGCGUCAAGGAGGCUGCAGAAGGAGCUGAAGGAGAUACACACCCAGGGAUGCCCCGUCGGUAUUCAGCUGCUGAACGCGGAUAACUUCGAGGAAUGGCAUCUCUCGCUCGAGGUCAUGGGCGAGAGCCAGUACCAGGGAGAGGUGUUUGCGCUCAAGUUCCGCUUCGAGCCGCAGUACCCCAUCUCCGCGCCCGCAGUGCAGUUCAUCAUCAACGAGAAGUACAAGGCGCCCGUGCACCCGCACGUGUAUUCAAACGGUCAUAUAUGCGCCUCCAUCCUGGGUAACGAAUGGUCCCCCGUGCUGAGUGUGAUCGGUGUGUGCGUCACGCUGCAGAGCAUGCUCGCAUCAUGCAAGAAGAAGGAACGACCGCCCGACAACGACCGCUACGUCAUGCAUGCACCGGACAAUCCCAAGAAGACGCGGUUCCACUACCAUGAUGAUACGGUAUAAUCCCUAGCUGAAAUUACGAUGAACAGGGUAUGGACGUUUCUCUUGGGGCAUCACCGCAUGUAUUCAGCCGCACAUCUCAUUUGUACUCCUAUUGUUGUUUGGUCAUGGCAUAUUUAUCGCACCUGCAGUGUAGCCGCUCGCUUGGUUCAGCCUUGACGUCCGC